GUCUGCUGCUUCUGCUUUUUCUGCUUGUUUGUGAGCGAAGUUGUCGUUGUCGUUAUUGACUGACUGUGGGUUUUGUAGUUGAGAUGGAAAAAAUCUGAGUCGGGAAGGGUGAAGAAUGUGGCUGAUAAAUAUAGCAGUUUUGCUAUGGAUAAAUUUUGGCUCUUGCUUGGCUUCAUCGGAAAUAAAUGCUGCAGGAGAAAAAACUGUUCUGCUGUCACAUCUCAUGAAUCGACAAGUAUUUGACUAUAGAGCUUAUAAAGAUGUUCAAAUUUUCCACUACAAUAUUCCAGAACAAGUUUCCAGAGCAACCUGGAAUUUUAGUGCCAUCCCCACAUCUCCUCAUCACUGUGACAUACGGAAUGUGUCUGUAUAUUUGAAGUAUGGAAGCUAUCCUGUCAUCAGUCCAGAUGGGGCUGAAUUUCCAUCACAUUUUCGUGUUCAUCAAAGUCCCAUUUAUGAAUCUCAUUUUGUUAGUGAUGGAAGCCGUCAUAUUGUAAAUGUCACUAGUCCAACUCCUGGUGAUUGGUAUGCUGUGGCAUUUUUACCAGUCAAUAGAGCCAGAAUCACCCAAAAGGGCUUAUUUCCAAAUUGCACAAUUUGGUUAGAAUCCUCACUUGCGGCAACAAUCAUAAGUGAUGUUAUUGUGGUAUUCCCCGAAGUUCAAUCCCAUCAGGAAGUACAGCUUUAUCAAGAAAUAGAGAAUUCUAGUCAAACAUACAAGUUUUAUGUCCCUGCUGAUACGUGGGCAGUGCAAGUUAAUGUUUCACGUUGUUCUGCCCAUGGCUUUCCCAAAGAAAACAAAGCAGCCGCUGGCUGCCCUCUUCUGGUUUGGUCUAGUGGUAGAUCUCUGCCAAAUCCAGAUCAUCCAGGUACAGCAACAACAAAUUGUAGUAAUAAUGGAGCUAUCACUAAUUGCCAACAAGAGUGGGUUCCGUGGGAAGAGCAGUGGCAUUACCUCACUAUUGCAGCUCCAAGUCAUCAUGUAGGCUUUGCUUUAAAGGUGCUAUUCCAGUCAUGCGCUCCUGAGUACCCUUUACCAAGGUAUCUCCUUGUGAAUGAUUUGGACACGAAGCACAUCUGUUCUUCUAUCAACAAAACUAGCAAAUUAAGAGUCAUCUUCCGCAACACAAACAACCAAACACGACUCCCACCCCCACCCAACUGCUAUGCAAGGAUACCUUUGACACGGAAGACCUAUGGUGGCAAUUUUUUGUUCGAGUUUGAUCAACUUCCCUUUGAAAAUGGGUCAACUCCUUUAAAAGCAUAUGUCAGCACUUUAUCUCCUACAUUAAUGAGUUUUGAGAUAAGACCUACUCAAGAUAUUGGAGGAACAUUAAAUUUUGAAAUAGGUUUGGAUCCAUUCUUGAAUACAUCAUACCACAAUAUAUCUCUUGUUGCUUGUUUGACUCAUGGUGUUCGAUCAGAGGUUUUGCCAGAUCGUUGCACAGUAGGAGCAUCUCUCCAUGUAAACUCCUCCUCAUCUCUCACAGUAAGCAGGAUCAGCAUACCCUAUCCAGAACCAGGGCUCUGGUAUAUCACUAUGCAAGCGUUUUGUUACCUCAGAGAUUCAAGACUCAACAAAGGUCAGGCAUAUAUAGAUUGUCCUAGCAACAAAACAGCUGUUUACUUUGGACUAGCCUCUGGUUCUUGUGUAUUUGGAUCUUGUGGUCGAUAUGGACGUUGCCAUCAAUACAUAAGCAGUGGUUUCAUAUUCUCUACUUGUGUUUGUUCUGUUGGAUAUCGUGGAUGGGGUUGUACAGAUGACAAAAAAGCACUCACAAGCUCUGAGCUGUUGAUGGGUACUCUUUUAUUAACCCUCAGCAACCUGUUCUUCAUUCCUGCAAUCAUCCUUGCUCUUCGACGCAAAUUUUUCACUGAGGCUUUGUUGUAUUUCUCUACUAUGUUCUUCUCUACGUUCUAUCACGCUUGUGAUGAAGAGGGGUACUCAUUUUGCCUGAUGAGACUCAGUGUAAUGCAGUUCUGCGACUUUUACUCUGCUAUCCUGGCAUUUUGGGCAACUUUAGUAUCCAUGGCUGAUCUUGGCUUUGUAUUGACCUCCCUACUUCACAUGGCUGGUGCUGUUGGAGUUGCUCUUGGUGUUGAGUAUGACCAGACUGGUCUAUGGGUAUUUUUAAUACCAGUCCUAUCUGGUACAUUCAUUAUCAUGGUAUCAUGGGCUUCUCAUAUGCAUCGUAAAAAAGGAUGUUAUCCCCAGAAAAAGUACUGGUUCUUAUGCCUUCCGAUUGGCAUGGCUUUGGCAGCUGGAGGACUUCUGAGCUAUGCUUUCUUGGAAACAGAUCACAAUUACAAAUUUGUCCACAGUGGCUGGCAUGCUGCAAUGGCACUUGCAAUUGUUUUCUUGUUGCCCUUACGACGGCAGGCAGUGGAUUAUUCUGCCCCUGGUGUGACUCCUGCUCAUAGCUGAUUGAUUUAAAAUAACAUUUUUGUAAAGAAAAGGUUUUGAACCAAAAGCCUUUUUAUUAUGAUAAUCUUUUCAGGGCCAAUAAGUUUCUAGAUCAGAUUGAGAGAUAAAUUAUUAUCCUCAGAUUCCUUUUUGUUCAAUUUUUGAGAGUUCCUUUUAAUAUUCUUUAAUUGUGUACAUUCCAUCAUGUAUAGUAUUUGAAUACUUCAUUUACCUGUGUCCUUUCAAGUGGACUAUUAACAUGUGAUGACCUUGUACAUGAAAUUUACACUGGUCACAACAAUAACCAAAUAACUGUGAAAGACAGUGCUUUUAAAAAAGAAAAUAGCCAUCAAUCUGUGCCAAAGGCAAGUUAAAUACUGUACUUUCAAGUAAUGAGAUGUAUGUCUAGGAUUUUAAGUUUGUUGCAAAAAACAUGGCAAGCUGAAUAUAUGUUAGCUUUAAUAUUCCAGUAAGAACAUGGCUAUUGAUUCAUAUUGCUCAUGCAAUGAUGCGCUCAGACAAUGUGUUCCUAGUCAGAAAGAACAAAAUAAAAAUGCCAUACCCAGUUCAUUUAUAAGACUGAUUUUACCAGCAAAACUAUUGUAUUUUUCAUAUUCCAUAUGAAAUAGUUGAGCAAAGCUCGGAAACAAUGUUGGUGAAAUUAUAAAGUCAGUUUUAGAAAUUCAGAUGUAGUGACCAAAGAGUUAAUUUUUUCCCUAGUCUCUUGAAAUGAAAGACAUUCCAUUGUAUUGUGUCCAUAUGCUAGAGGUUGGUGGGCUUAUUUGGUGGUGUUGACAACGGUUUUGAUCCGAAGUUUGCCAAUUUAGUAGUACAAUUAUGAUUACUUUUACAGUCUGUCAAUGGUUAUUUCUUACUUGUUUAAAAAUGCUCUCUGUUUGCGAAGGAUGUGAUUUAAUACAGAGAAAAGAGUCUAUGCUCGAUGAGUCUCACAUUUUGAAAUCACUCCUUUUAAUAAUUCCUUUUUGUAGAAGCUUUCUCUAUUAUUAUAUUUUUUUUUUAUUUUUUUUUUUUUAUUGUGCGUAGGCUUGUUUUUUAAAGUGAUAGUUGUUUAAUGGUAGCCUCCUUGCUUUAUUCUGGAUUUAAUCCAUCCUUGUUCUAUUUCUUUCUGUAAUCUGAUAUGUGAUAGAUUUAGCUCUUAGUGUCAUUGGUUAACAAUGCAUGUUAAUUUUUUAGUUCUUCUAUAGAUUGUUACUAAAGAAUCAUUCACCUGUAUGAAUGACAAAAAUUGUUCAAAUUGUUUUGUUAGAUAUUACUAUGUUUAUAGAUUUUUGGUGUUACCAGCUUUUAUUUGCUUUUUUUCUGUCUCUGUUUGAUUUUUGUUACCAUUGUUUAAAUUUGUUAAUGAUGGUGUUUUAGAUGAACAACAUUUAGCGCACAUUGUUAAAAAAUAAUUUUGAGUUACCAAUAUGUGUUGUAAAGUCUACAUUAUUUUUCUCAUUUUAGUCGGAAGUUUGGAGUUUUUCAAUGUUUUGAACAUUAUCUUUCUUUACACAAUUUUUUGAGAUUAGUGUUUUUGGUAUAAUGAACGGGCUUGUUUGUUUUUGACACAAUGGGUACAAUCUUUAAACAAGCCAGUACUUGAAGUUUGAUCCGUAAGAUUAACACAGCUGUGGUGGUGGCUGCUAUUCUUGUAGAUGUGUAUGUGGCAGUUUAUUUUAUUUUAAUAGUUUUUUGCUGUCUUAUGUAAACUUGUAGUGAAACUCCUUGGACUGUUAUCUUCUUGUGCUACCUAUUUCUGUGAUACAUAUACAUAGUGCAUGAUACACGUUUUUGUUUUUCCCCUUUUCCAUAAUUGUAUUCAGUCUUGUUUUAAUGAAGAUCUGAUCUACCAUGAGGUUAAUGUCAACUAAAACAAUAUACACAGUAGCAACUUACUUCGCCCCUCUUUUUACUUUUAUAAUAUAUCUCAUAGACUGAAGAGGCCUUUCAAAUGUUUUUGAUUUCAUUACUCUUUAAAAAUGUCACUCUGAGAACUGAUUUAUUGGACUAUUUUUCAUGAAUAUGAGUUCGUGCAACGUGCAAGUAUGAUGCCAUUGUUUUCAAUAUCGAAACCAGUGAGAAUCUCAAACCAAGCUUUCCUGGAAUAUUGUUCUUGUUCGAUCUUCAUCUGAGGUUAUAUGUACUUCUAAGACUUUUUAAUCAAGGCUUGGGUCCUACAAUUGCAUAGAAACACUGCCAAACUAUAAUGAUAUACUCUUAUUGAACCACUUUUCUGGUUCGUCUUCAUUACAUUGAAAAUGUGAUAGGUCACUGCACAUGUGUUGUUAAAGUUCCCAAUUAUCUGAAUUAGGUGUACUGUUUAAAUAUUUAGAUCAUAUGUAUAAGAAUAUAUUGUGGUUGUGAUGAAGCAUCAAUACUCUCUUUUUGAUAAUGUGUUUCAGGAUUGUUUUGCCAAUCGGUAUGCUAUUGUACGCACAUACAGUAUUGAAUUCAUAAACCCCUUUCUCUUUCAGUCAGGUAAACAGUAACCGGCUACAGAUAACCAGAGCAUCCUCUUCAAGGGGCUAAAUUCAACCCAGUAACCCAAUUCAUAUUGCCUGACUUUUUACCUGUCAACUGUAAUCACAGUAUUUAUUACUCAAGGAAGGAUUCAAAUCUUUGAAAGAUGUCAGUUUCAAAACAGGAAGUAAGAUACAACUGUUAACAAAUCUGUGAAUGUCAAGUGACAAAUUUACAUACAGUAUUGGCUUUUAAAUUUUGGCCAUCUGCAAGAUAUUCAAAUUUACAUUGUUAACUUCUUUAUCUCCAUAUUUUGUUAUGUCCAAACAGCAGAUACUAUGUUUGGAAUUUACUUAGUUUCUCAACUUUUCUCAUAUUUUGCCUUAUUAUAAUUUCUAUCUAGUAGCAGUAAACCUUCCAAGACCAUUCCCAGAGCGUCAUGGAGGUUCCUUGAAUGUUCAGUGAACAUUCUUGGAACAAUUCGUGCUACCAGGGAUUUUAACAUUCAUUUUUUUUUCUGCAGAUACACAUAAAAUGAGUUCCUCUAAAACUCUGUGAGAGUGUUAAAUAUUCCCUAUUGUCAGAGAGUAAGUCAGUGGACUGGAUCUACUGCCAUUAUUCUCUGUGAGGGAGGACCAAAGUGUCAAUUCAUCCUCUAGCCUUGUCAUAAGUCCAAUUUAAUGUUAGGCUAGAUUUAUCUCUACAUCUAUCUUGACAUAGAAUGGGUUCAGUGUAAGGUCUUUAAUAUUGUUUUUCUUUUCUUUUUGGGAGAGGCCAACGGUAAUUUGUUUUGGGCAAUUUCAUGUUAGGGUUUACUUUGUCUUUAAACUUAGAAAGGUUAGAUUUGUGGUUGUGGAAAUCUGAGGAACUGUCAAACUUGGUGGAGAAGUAUAUAAUCUCCCUCUAACUAUUAAACAACCGGUCUAGUUAUUAGCAUGUACUUUUCUUCUGAAGUUGUAAAAAAUUCUUGUUGUUCCUCCAGGUGUAGAUGUCAACUAGUCUUAAAAUUCAUUCUGUGUUAUUGUAAAGUUCUUGACAUUUCUUGAAUCUCUUGUCACUAAAUUAAUUAGAAAAUAUGAUGAGGGUAAUUUUUGUCAGAAUUAUAUUCAAUUCACUGGCAAGCACAAUGAUUUGACAUGACUGUAGAGCGAGAAUGCAUGCAACAUAUAGUAUCCAAUUAAAUGUUUUUGCUCAAAUUAUGAAUAAAACAAGACUCAACAAUUA